AAGAUCGUUUUAGAAAAGUUCAGACAAAGUUUGAAAAGUGAAAUAAUUUAUUUUUAAAAAAAGUUUUUAGAGUUUGUUAACGUUACAGUGAAAUAACUAAAGUUAUAAAAUCUAAAAUACAGGAACCAUGGUGGCUAACGAUCCUGAAUCACCAAGACCGCUACAUAUCUUGGAUCUUCCUGUGGACGACGUUAUCGUGCCGAGUAUUGGACAAUAUCUCUCCCCUCACGAUAUAAUUCAACUAGGGCAAUGUUCUAAAGAAUUUCAUGAAAUUGGACUGAAAAUGCUGCGAAAUAUGAAAGUGGUGUACAAAAAUGACCAAAAAAUGAAUGGAAAAUGGGAUAGUGAAUAUCUGAAAGUGUGCCGACAGCUUCGCAGUAUGAGUCUACACUCCGUACCCAAUCUCGAUAAUGAUUUGCUAUCAGAAAUUAUACGCAAUAAUCUGAAACUCGAAGAAAUUUCUCUGAGGCGAGCCUCCAAAAUCACACCGACUGGUCUUUUAUCGAUUGUCCAACUCAAGAACCUUACGGGAUUGCGUCUGAUUAAGACUUACUGUGAUCAAUACUUCCUGAAUGUGUUAAAUGUAUGCGGUCUGAAACUGAAGUAUAUCUACCUCUCAUAUGACGGCGAAUUGUCUCUACUGUUUUUGAAAAGAUUCUUCAGGAGACAGCCCAAAUUGGAACAUAUUGGUCUGGACUUUGCGUAUGACGGAAAGGAGACUCGUGAAGACCGAAUGUCACGACUGGGAAUGAAUCUUAACCCAUUAGUAAGCAUCAUUGCCAAACACUGCCCAGAGCUGAAAUAUUUCGUCAUAGAGCGAGAUUCACAGAGGGUUGGACUAGAUGCUCUUUCAUUGAUACAGAAGAACUGCAAGAACAUUCAGUUCAUUGAAGUGAAUGGCGUCCUCAGUUGGGGCAAAGGACAAAAGGAAAUUUAUCGGUCCUGAUAGAAAGACAACGAGGAAAAGAGAUUUUUUCGUCAGUGCCUUAGCUUCCUGAAUCAACAUUCUUUUCCUGGUCAUCUAAAAACAUCAAGUCCUGAGUCAGUGCAACAGUGCCAGCUAGUCCGAUCGACUUUUGAGGUCUUCAACAAAAUAGAUAAGUAGUAUUAUAGAUAAACAUUAUAUCUUAUAGAUAUCCAAGUCAGCUUCAGUUUAAUUAAGAACUACAAAUCUGAUAUUUAUAUAUUGAAAGAAGGACGAAAAGGCUGUGUGUUGCGUGUGCUCUCAUUGGUAGCCCGAGCUCGAAUGCCCCGAAAGGUUUCGUUUGAGCGUCGCGAUAGAAGGAGGGCUACCAACAUUUAUUGUAAUUUUUAAAAGAAUUAGACCCUAGCUGAGUAUUUACAUUUUCUUAAGACUAACAUUUACAUGGUACUUCAUUUUACUUAAACUAACAAUGUUCCCUUUAACAUUUAUUCUACUCAGACAUCCUAGAGUCUUUAAUCAUAAGUUAAUCUUCUAGGAGGUCUUCGAAUUCUAUAUGACCUCCGUGGAAUCGAGCGAGGACGAGAGUCUUGCCUUGGGGGCACGUGUCUCACAUGUCGCGUUUACGGUGGGGAUAAUUUUCAGGCCUCUCCUUUCGCAUGCUUUUAAGAAGUUUCGCCCCAACAGCAAAGGAAACUGUUGGUAAUGUUGGGGCACUACAUGGAUCUUAAUUGUGCAGUACUCAUCUCCGGAUUUCACUCUCGCGCUGGUGGCCCACAAUGUUUCUCGCCGUCCUCCUCCAUAUACACUAAAUUGGAUGGCACUUCCUUCCUUCAUCAAUCCCAUACUUUUGGCCACAUUUUCCUGCAGCAGGGAGAUAUCACUACCGCUAUCAAGGAGUGCAUCCAAUCUCCUCCCUUCGACUUCGACUUGCUUGAGCGAUUUGCGGAGGGGGCUCAGGCUGGUGGCACGCUCAUGCACCAGCCUCACCCGAAAAUCUUUCUUGUCCGGACAUUUAAAUGCCAGAUGUUUAUCUGAGUUGCAGAUAAAACAUCUCUUCGGCUUAUUUCCGCCGCGAUUUCCGCCUGAUUGUUUGGAUUGGGGCUUCUUUCGCUCUGUCUUCACUGCCUCGUCCUUCUGUGAAUCGCGAUGUUGACGAUCGCGUGAUCUUCCCCUGUCGUUGGUCUUAUAUCGCCCUUCACGGGAACGGAAGCGAUCGCGCUUUGAGCUCCUGCUGCGGUUGCGGCGAUCCCGGUGCUUAUCCCUCAUUCGAUUCUCCCUCUCACGCGACCGGUGAUGUUCACUUCGGCGGUAGGUAGUCCGUGUCCUGUAUCGAUCCCUUGAGGGACGCUCAUCUGUCUCCAUGGAUCAUGCCAUGCACACAUAACACUAAGAAAAAUCCAAAUUCUCACAAGAUUUGCGUUUUUCUUGGGUUAAUCUACACUUUUCGUUCACUUAACACAAUCAGCUCGCUUUUCAGUAGCUAACAAAAGCCUUUUUCUUUGACAAAGAAAAAUUUCCGUUCAACUUGUCCGUUGGAUUGGGGAUGGUAUGGACUGCAGCGUUCGUGUCGGAUGCUCCUCGAUUAGCAGAAAUGUUUGAAGAUUCCGGAAGUGAAUUGACAUUGUGAAAUUUUGAAAAAUGACAUUGUAGCAGCAAAAAUUUCUUUGAGAAUUUUCACUGUUUCUCUGAAAUUUAAGUCACGUGUGCUUUUUGGCAAAAUAAAUUUGGAAUACCGUGAAAAUGACGUGACAUCCAAUUUGCGAAGGAGGAGGCGAACUUUCGCGGCAUCAUCAAGAGCGGAGCCAUCAAUGUUGAUGAAUUUAUUUUUAUGGUUUAGGAAUUUGAGGCAGCUUUGGCUGGGGCUUCAUUGUUCCUUGUGUUGCGCCUAUCUCCAGUGAGUCACAUGUCCUUCCCAGAAAUGCCAAAAACUCAUUCCAAGAGUUGUAGUUUUUUUGAGUACAGUAUUUUUGAGAUUUAGAAAUCUGUGCAGAUUUCCACAAGGGUUUCCUUGAGUUCAACUUUUUGUGAUUCCGUUUGGAUUCCCGAUGUAUUCGGGAAAUUUUUGACAAAUUCCUGUUGAAAGUUACCCCAACUUUCUACAUUAGCUUGUAGGCUCAGACAAUUACUGAGAAAAUUAUCUUUUUAAGGAUUCUUUUGUAGAAACCAUGGAGUUGCCAGUAUUUUUUGAAACUGCUGAGGCCUUUGAGUUGAGCCUCAAUCCUUCUAUGUCAAGGAUUGACGUAUCGAAGUUCUUUUGUGUAAAAGAUCUGUUCUUAUCAAUGUUCUCAAUCAAUAUGUCGUAGUGGCCAUGAUAUACUUCUGGGGUUCGGAUAUAUUUAAUGUCCACCAUGUCCACCCAUUUUGCGGCCGUAUAUGUAUUAUUCAUUAUAAGUUUAUAUGUACGUACACUACCCUAAAAAAGUUUCCGGGCAAGGAAAAAUGGGGUAUUUUUGAAGGCAAAUUUCAAGUGGCUAUAUCUCCGGCAGUGGU